AACUUCAUUGUAAAAUUCUUGUUUGAACUAUUUGAAGGCUGUGUGCACUGAAGCUGGUAGGUUUGCUUUGAGAGAGAGAGGAGAGUUCACGUCACUCAGAAAGAUUUCGAGAUGGCUGUGGCUAAGGUGAUGAAGAAGGAAUCCGAGAAAAACAUGUCUCUAAGGAAGCUAUGGAAGUAGUUUUUACGAAUUUCAACAAUGGCUACUGCUGCAAUCGAUCACCGCAUUUCCGAUCUGACAUCCUCCGGCGAUGCUUGGUCGGCAAAGACGGGAACUUCGAAACAGGGAGAGGGACUGAGACAGUACUACCAGCAACACAUACACGAUCUUCAGCUUCAGGUUCUACAGAAGACUCACAAUCUCAACCGACUUGAAGCUCAGAGAAAUGAUUUGAAUUCCAAAGUGAGGAUGCUGAAGGAAGAGCUGCAACUUCUACAGGAGCCUGAUCAUAUGUUGGUGAAGUUGUCAAUGUCAUGGGAAAAUCUAAAGUUCUUGUGAAGGGGAGAAAAGAAUUGGUAAGAAGAGUGGAAAGCCUCUACACUACAAGGGUUCCUUUUUCCAUCGAAUAGUUAAGUGAUCAAUGACACAGGGUGGAGAUUUUGUUAAAAGAGAUGGCAGCUUUGGAGAAAGCAUUUAUGGAGAGAAAUUUCCAGGAAUUCUCUACGGAAAGUUCCUUGUAAUGCCAGAUCAAAGAAUUAACGAUAACAUGAGAAUCCAUGGACGCAGUGUAACAGCUAGGAAAUCUAUGGAUAAUGUGCACUUUAUUUUCACAACUUUCAUUGGAAUCAUUUUGGGAUUCUUAGUAGGAUUGUCAUUUAUAACAUUCUCACCUUCACAGCUUGAUUUCCUUGCUCAUAUUAAGGAACAAAAGUCUUCGAGUAUACCUGCCCCGAGAACUUUGAAUUUGAAGGCUUAUGUUAAUGAAAGUAAAAGCAACUUAACCAUAGCUACAAAACUGAAUGAUACUACAAAGAUGAUAUUGGAUACAUCGAAACUCAGGGGUGCUGAAAGACUACCACCAACCCUUGCGGAAACAAAAUCUGAUUUGUAUUUACGUAGAUUAUGGGGAGACCCCAAUGAGGAUCUAGAAAUGAAACAAAGGUACCUAGUAACUUUUACAGUUGGAAGUGCACAGAAAAGGAAUGUUGAUGCUGCAGUGAAAAAGUUCUUAGGAAAUUUUUCAAUCCUUUUGUUUCAUUAUGAUGGACGAGUAAAUGAAUGGGAUCAGUUUGAAUGGUCGAAACGAGCAAUUCAUGUGAGUGUUCCAAAGCAAACAAAAUUAAGGCAAAGGAUCCCCAUUUUCUGAAGGAGUAGCUGCUACUGCUAAUUAUCACAAGACAAUAGAGGAUGCUAUGAUGUUUGAAGGAGAAUAUAAUGAAUAUCCCAAGGAAAAUGGAGAUCAACUAAGAAACAGUGUUGAACUUGUCCCAAAGUUAGAUAGGCCUGAUAUAGUCGA